AUGGAAACUCUCAGAGACGGUCUGGAGUCUGUGACUCUUCCCUACUGGCCAACUUGCAGAAACGCGCUGACCUGGUCGUCCGAGGAUCUGGCUGUCGCGGCAGGUGAGCUGGUGCAUAUCCUAACCCCUCGCGAUGCCUCCAAAUCUCUGGGUGACCCCGGGCACAAGCAGUGGCACACGUUCACUCUCCGCGUCAAUCACUUUCAGCAGUCAGAGUGGCCUUCUCAAGAACUGGCCACCAUCACCCAGUUUUCCAUUGGGGAGGAACUAUCCGAGUCUACAGUUGUGUCACUUUCUUGGUCCCCAGCCGGUUUGGGUAUCUACCGAAGAAGCGCCCUAGCUAUUUUGACCUCGAAUCUCAUUCUAUCGCUCUGGGAGUCUAACGGCAGACUUGGGGUUUGGCAGCGAACGGCAAUUGUCAACCAGUAUCUUCCCAUUCCAUCCAGCGGUGAUGACACCGGCAGUUCCAGACGAAAACAACGAGUGCGUGCCUUCCACUGGCUGCCUGCACUCUCGCUUCCUGCGGGAUCCAGGUGGGGCUCUCAGUUCCUAGCUGUGGCCGAUGAUGAUUUCACAGUCUCGUUCUUUCAUCUGUGGAAGACGAAUGGUGCUGUAUAUGGACACUGGUCAUACAAACUUCUUGCACAAUACAAAUUUCCCGGUUUCCAGCACUUGACUGCAAGUGCAAUGAAGAAGCUCGGUUUGCGAACGAUCCUAGCCCAAACCUCACCAAUCUCAAAGUUGGAGACAAGUGAAUGGGAGUUUGAAGGCGAAGCAAGUAAGCAUUCCGGGACGGCAGCCCUGGAUGUCAAGGUAAGUUUUGGCCAGUGCAGUGAGGCGAAAUAUCUGUCGCUACAAGUCAAGUGGAUGGGUGCAGGUAAUGGGAAAACCGAACCCACGAUGGUGCUUACAGUGACGCCCGCGCAGUCGGCGUCCGGCAUUUUGUCCUCAGAGACACCCACGCAAGGCCAAUUUGAAUCUGCGAUACAGAAAUCUCGUUCCGAUUUCGAUCGCAAAUUCGGCCUUGAUGGAAGGAUCCGAGUCCAUUGCUGGGGCACUGUGUUCUCUCCAGACCGCACGAUUGCAGCGGCAUGCAUCUCGCUACAUCCUUCAGACAUGAUCGAGUACGGCGCCCCCUCAAGUCAACGCACUACAGUUGUGUUCACCCUCGUACAGGAGCCAACGGUCUCCGAUCACCUCCCCGAGAGUCCAUCCGAGGCGCAAAAACGCAUUCUUGAGCAAAUCAUGGAGUCAUCCCUAGAUUUGGUGAAAACGGACCUCGAUAAACACAUUGUGCGGACCGCUGCUGCCUUGAUUAAACUGCAAUUUAAAGAUUCCUCGUCUCUUACAUGCUGGGCAGAUGAUUUGCUCAAACUACUUCCCCCAAGAGCCUUUCCUCAAGAUUCCAAUGGCCCUGAUCAGCGACAGCUUUAUAAUGACGCUGGCGACACCGCAGGCGCUGGAUCUGGAGGUGAAGAAAGCGUUCUAGCCGAUGAAGUUUGCGACCUCUGUGGCGAGAUCAUCCCGUUCUCAGCAGACCCGAGUCGAGCAAGAUGCAAUCGAGGCCAUCAAUUCAGCCGGUGCAGUCUUUCCUUCGUUGCUAUCCAAGAGCCCGGCAUUUCCAUGUUUUGUUCUAAAUGCGGUAGGCAAUUCCUCGAUCCCGGCAAGCUGGAAUGCGUCGGUGGUCCGAGCUUGAGUCAAGCGCUGUUUGAUUACUUCGAUGUCUGCCCGUAUUGCCAGGGCAAGUUCCGAGGCUGA